CUAGGACAUUUAUUCCUAAACUACUCGAUACAGCAUUUGACGUACUUAUUAUAGUUAAAGUUCACACAGUUUAAAAAAAUGACUAAUGAUAUAUCUAAAAAGAAGGGGAAGAAUCCAGGUGAGAAAAAGGUGAAGAGAAAGGCCAAAAGAAGAGAGACUUACGCGAUGUACAUCUAUAAAGUUUUGAAACAGGUUCAUCCGGACACGGGAGUUUCAAGCAGAGCCAUGAGCAUCAUGAACUCCUUCGUGAAUGACCUGUUUGAGAGGAUCGCCACAGAGGCGUCCCGGCUGGCCCAGUACAACAAACGCUCCACCAUCACCAGCAGAGAGGUGCAAACCGCAGUGAGACUACUGCUGCCCGGGGAGCUUGCCAAACACGCGGUGUCCGAGGGCACCAAGGCUGUCACAAAGUACACCAGCUCCAAAUGAAGACUUCAGCACACUCCCAAGGGAAUCAAACCCGUUGCUUUGUAAACUGGUUUACUUCAAUAAAUGCAUUAAAAAAAAAAAAAA